GCUCUUGUCCACAUCCUUAUCCUUAUCCGCUGGCAUGUCACCGCUCGUCACUUUAACCAUUUUGCUACUGACGGACGGACAGCGUGCUCUGGCUUUAUUUAGGCGAUUCUCGCAUAAGUUUCGGCUCGUAAUUACAACGGGCUGAAAGUAUGUUUGGGCAUCCAUUAAUGCUAACAAUUCUUGUAAUUGAGUUGUUAUGUUUCAAUUGGCUGAUAAGCCCUUUGACAGAUAUAUGCAGAGCCAUAAACUUGCGAUAUUAAUAACGGUGCUGCUGUUCAUUGAUUAACUGCCACGCCCGUCAAUCAGUUCAUCGAAAUGGGUCCCGUGAUUAAGUUGUCUGAUUGCAAUGACAAUGCCAAUGACAAUGAUGAUGACAAGCUACCAGUUAGGCUAAAGGACAAAUGCUUCUGCAUCAGACGCCUAACUCGUAUCAUACUAAUAUUCGUUGCCUUUGGGAUGACCAUUUACGUCUGUAUGUUAUCCUCGGAGCGCUACUUCCAGUACUGGGUGCAGACCACAAUCGAUCGCACCGACGUUCACGUCUCGGAGAUUGCCUUUCCAGCCAUCACCAUUUGCCCCGCCCACAUGAGUCCCAGCACGCCCCUGAAUGCCAGAGAGCAGCGAAUAAUUUUUCUCUAUAAUCUAAUGCAGAGCAUUCAUUGGCGCACCCCAUUGGGCCAUUCCACACAGUUGAACACUAGCGAAUUCGAGGAAUUUAAUAACCGAUCGUUGCUCUACCUAGACCCUAUCUUCGACUUUGGCUACACCUGCAAGGAUUUGUUUUUGGAGUGCACUUGGCGCCGCCAAGAAGUGGAUUGCUGCAACUUGCUGUUCCGAAGGCUGCAGGUGGGUUCCUGCUAUGUCUUCAACUCGUUGCUCGUUGAAGAUGCCGAUCCCACAUGGCCCUGGUCUGUGGCCGAUUCUGGUCUCAAAAGUGCGCUAAGUAUCAAGGUUAAUCGCUUUAUAAACGGAAUCAGGCUAACAGCCUUAGGGUUAUGCACCUAUAGCCCAUACAGACAAACACAUUUUUUAUUUCCAAUAAUUCUCAUAAAAAUGGAACCCAAAUUCUGCUUUCUUCAGGUCAUAGUACAAGAGCCAGGCCAGUAUGUGGGUUCCAGUGUGACGUAUUCCACAGAUGAUCGGAUUGUAGUCGGAUUGCAGCCGCGUCACUUUACGGCCGAGCCAGCUGUUAGGGCACGCCCCGUGAAUAUGCGAUAUUGUUAUUUUAUAGACGAGCUGAAGCAGUCCUAUUCAGAGUGCAUAGUCAGAUGCCAUAUCACCUACAUAUCCAGGAAGUGUAACUGUACUCACAAACUAUUUCCAAUCAAUAUAGACCAGACACAUGUGGAACCCAUGCGCCAGUGUACAACUGCGGAUUUGCCGUGCAUGCAAAAGAACGGAGUUUCACUCUUUUACAUGGGCAACAUAAUUGAGGAGUCGAAGGACAGUGUCUUCAAUACCACCCAUUGCAAGUGCUAUCCCACCUGUGACCACACUCAGUAUCAUGCAACUACAUUCACGGAUCGCCUGAGCACCGCCGACAGCAGAGGUAAUCAGUUUGAGAUUGAUGUCUACUUUCAGGAGGAAACUCUUUUCUCGUAUCGCUCCACUCUGCACAUAACAAUACUUGACUUGAUGGUUUCGUAUGGGGGCAUAGCUGGUUUGUUUUUGGGUCUAUCAGUGGUCGGAGCUAUAAACAGCCUAUUGGAUCGCAUUACUUGCUGCAGCAAACCCACAUCAAGUUAAAAGAGUCUCUCGUGUUGUUACCUGUAAUCAAAAGAACACGAACGAAUAAUAGGGAUGAGGAGAACGAAAUAAAUUGAGAAGGGGAACAAAAAACCUUAAA